AACACCAAAACCAAAAAACCAAAGAAGAAAAAAAAAAAGAAAAAAAGAAAAGUUGGCUCAUCGUCGUAUCGUAUUUGACAAGCACAACAAACUAUUUGAAGUGAUCCACACCCACACCCACACCCACAACCCCACCCCCUCCCCUCCGCCCACCCAGUCCAGCCACCAAUUAACGUUCACACACACAGAUAAGAGAGACAAAUAGGCAGAGGCAUAAGUGAAACUAUGUCGGAGGCUGUUACGCCCCCAAGGACGACAACGCCCCCAGUUAUCGAGGAGGAGAAGGCGCUGUGCUUUCGCGGGAUCUGGGCGUGGCUGGUGCUGGUGUUGCUGAUUGUGUUGUGCGUUGUGUGCAUCAUGUGGCUGCUGAGGAAGUGCAUCCAGGGACCGGCGUAUCGCAAGGCGAAUCGCAUCGAUGGCAAAGUGGUCAUCGUCACCGGCUGCAACACAGGCAUUGGCAAGGAAACGGUCCUCGAGCUGGCACGGCGUGGCGCCAAGAUCUAUAUGGCGUGCCGCGAUCCGAGCCGGUGCGAGGCGACCCGCAUCGAGAUCAUAGAUCGCACACAGAAUCAGCAGCUUUACAAUCGCAGCUUGGAUCUCGGCUCGCUGGAGUCGGUGCGCAACUUUGUGGCACGCUUCAAAACCGAGGAGACACGGCUCGAUCUGCUGAUCAACAAUGCGGGCAUCAUGGCCUGCCCCCGCUCCCUCACCUCCGACGGCUAUGAGCAGCAGCUGGGCGUCAAUCAUCUGGGUCACUUUCUGCUCACCAAUCUGCUGCUGGAUCGCCUCAAGCAGGCGACGCCCAGUCGCAUUGUCGUCGUCAGCUCGGCGGCAUAUCUCUUUGGGCGCAUCAAUCGCUCGGAUCUGAUGAGUGAGCGCAACUACAGCAAAUUCUUUGGCGCCUACGCCCAAUCCAAGCUGGCCAACAUACUGUUCACGCGCAAGCUAUCCAAUCUGCUCCACGGCACGGGGGUAACGGUCAACUGUUGUCAUCCGGGCGUGGUGCGCACCGAGCUGAAUCGCCACUUUGCCGGUCCCAAUUGGACAAAGAACACGCUGAAGGUCGGCUCGCUGUAUUUCUUCAAAACGCCACGUGCCGGCGCACAGACAUCACUGCGCCUGGCCCUCGAUCCCAAGCUGGAGUGCUCCUCGGGCGGUUACUAUUCCGAUUGCAUGCGUUUCCCACUGAUGCCCUGGGCGAGGAACAUGGACACCGCCGACUGGCUGUGGCGUGAGAGCGAGAAACUUGUCGGACUGCCGCCCAUUGAGCCAUCGCCACCCGGACAGAAUGCCCAGAAUGCUCCCAAUGGGAAUGGAACACCUGCUGCCCCCGAUAAGCACGACGAUGACGUGGAGACCGUUGUCGUCGAUCGUCCGUCCAGUUGAAGGGCUCCAGUCGGAAACCAGUUUCUAACCUGUUCUCAACUGUUUGCAAAUCAGAGAUACAAAUACAUAUCUAUAUACAAAUCAGUAAA